AUGAAACGCAAUGCAAGUAAGCUUGAGCUCGGCCCUGAUGCCAUAUCAGAGCAAAUUACAGCUACCAGAAGUCAUAACUUGGGAGAAGUUCAGGAGGUGAAGAAAGGCUUUUCACGUUUCACGAUUCUCUCCAUGACUAUUGUUCUUAUGGCCACAUGGGAGGCAUUUUCAAGUACGAUGGCAACAGCGCUGACCAGUGGUGGGCCAGUGUCCUUGGUUUACGGGUGUAUUCUGGCUAUAAUUGGCGCCAUGGCUACCGCAGCAUCCUUGGGGGAAAUGACAUCGAUGUACCCUACAGCAGGUGGCCAGUAUCACUUCACAGCCAAAUUGGCCCCCGAGCGAUGCCGAAAUUUCCUCAGCUGGCUUGUCGGAUGGAUAGGUACUUUUGGCUGGAUAGCCUUCACUGGCAGUGCUCCCUUUCUGGCAGCGACGAUGAUCCAGGGUUUACUGAUCUUGAAUUUACCGUCAUAUGACCCUCAGCGCUGGCACGGCACACUCUUAUACUGGGCCCUUGUUGGGUUGAGCACGAUUAUCAACAUAUGGGGUAGCCGGCUCCUCGCUGUGGUGGAAGGAUUAUCGCUCUUCAUCCACCUAGCUGCAUUUCUCGUGAACUUCGUUGUUAUUUUGGUGGUAACGCCAACGAAAAACUCAGCAAGCUUCGUGUUUACACUUUAUGAAAAUAAUUCGGGAUGGUCAAGCGAUGGAGUCGCGUGGUCCAUUGGUAUGCUGUCAAGCUGCUAUGUUCUAACAGGUUUUGACGGAGCCAUUCACCUCGCCGAAGAAAUGCCUAAUCCCGAAGUUGCGGUGCCAUACUGUAUGUUGAGUUCAGUCGCCAUCAACGGUACUCUGGGUUUUGCCUUUGUGCUAGCAAUUCUCUUCUGCAUGGGCGACAUAGACGCAGCACUCGCUACUAAUACUGGAUACCCUAUCAUUGAGAUUCUGCGAUAUAUAACAGGAUCCAAUGCAGCUAGUACUGCCAUGACUUGCACGUUUAUCCUCAUGGCACUCUUGGCUACUGUUGCAUUGUUUCCAUCCUCAUCUCGGAUGGUGUGGUCAUUAGCGCGUGACAGGGCUACUACCGGAAUUAAAGAGUCCCUUGACUCCGGAUUGAUGCAACGAGCCUAUGAACUUGAGAAGCAAGUUCAUGAAUACCGACCACCUGACCAUAGUCAAAUAGGCGACACAGACGACCCCAGGACACCUGUCAGCCAUCUCAUACGUAUUGCUCAGAUCUAUCGACUGGCUGUGUUGUUACAACUCUACCAAAGCUUUCCGGAACUCCUCGAAAUUGCUUCCGACAAGAUGGUACAACAUGACACGCGCAACAAUACUCUUUUGAGUAUGCUUGCUAUGUCAUACAGUAUCUUGACACUCAUUGCGGCGAUUCCACGUACUUCAGGCGUCAAUUGUUUACUUACUCUUCCCUUGAUCAUUGCCGGUAGUACGUUGCAACAGACCGCGCAUUGCGUUCCAGAAGUCAUCCUCAGUCUACCAUCUCGAGAUAUUAUCGCGGCAGAAAUACUUGCACUCAAUAACCAGGACAAUGUUAUAUCCUAUUGGAGAGACUUUGUUAGGGAGCGGAUAACGGCAGUCCAUCAGUAUGUCGGGGUCGCAGCGAUAAUCCGUGGUCUGGAGAUACUAGAAAAGGUGUGGGCUCAAGCUGAUCUCAAGUCAGCUGCAAGUAGUUCACUAUUGGGAUCCUUAUCAGCCACCCUUGUUCUCUGGCCAGAUGUCAUGGCUGAUGAGAGGCUUGAGACUAUCUUGGGCUAA